GUGAAAGAGCUGGCUCCUCCCUCUGACCACGCCGCACAGCACCUGCACACCCUCGCGGGGCUGCAGAGCUGUUCUCCUACCUGCAAGAUGCCGCUUCCCCCCCGAGAUCGCAACCUGAAGAAUUUUGCAUUUGUAGUUAUUAUUGUUGUUGUUUUUAUUACUGUUGUUAUUACUGCAGUGGUCAUUAGAGCACACCCUGAAAAAACGUCAGAACAUCCCCAAACUACAAAAUGUUCAGGAGAAUGGAUUGGAGUAGGAAAUAAAUGUUUCUAUUUUUCUAAAGAUACUAAGAAUUGGACAGACAGUAAAAUAUUUUGCAAUUCACAGGGAUCAGAACUUGCUCCAAUUGAUACACAUGGAGAUAUGGACUUUUUGAAGAAGCACGCAGGAGCAUCUAUGCACUGGAUUGGGUUGAGCAGAAAACAAGGAGAGUCUUGGAAAUGGACAAAUGGCACCACAUUCAAUGCUUGGUUUGAAAUUGACGGGAAUGGAUUAUUUGCUUUUCUGAAUGCUGAUGGAGUUUACAGUUCAAGGGGAUUUGUUGAUAUCAAGUGGAUUUGCAGCAAACCUAGAUUUUAAUAGAGAAAAAAACUGGGAAAUGAUUACCAUAGAUUGGGAAUAGACUAGCCCUGGCUGGAUAGCUCAGUGGAUUGGAGCAUUGUCCUGUACACCAAAAGGUUGUGGGUUCCUGCUCAGGACAGAUACCUAGGUUUCAGGUUAGAUUCCAAGUCGGCGCACAUUCAGGAGGAAAUGGAAUGAUGUUUCCCUCUCAUCUCUCUCUCUCAAAUCAACAAACAGAUCCUCAGGUGAGCAUACAAAAAAUAAAGUGAAAGACUAAAGUUAUUUUUCACUUCUGAGGCUGUGAAAGUGUAGCAGGAUAGGAAGAAUUUAGGGAAAACUCCCAACAAGUAAAAUGAGGAAGCUGGAAGGGCAUCAUAGGAGGAUAAGCCUUUUGGUCAUCUUAUCAAAGCCCCCACCUCCAGGCAUGAUCAAAGGGAAACAGUUUAUGUCAGAAAAAACUCCUAAGGUGGUCACAGAAAUCAAAGCUACAACCAGAUCAAUCCAAGGAAACAUUGACCAGAGAAGAAGAUAAAUAGAGGAUAAAUGGAAAUAAAAGAAGGUUUGCCUUGGAAUGGUAAUAACAAUACAAUACAGAUGAUGAACUGUAGAAUUGUAUACCUGAAUCCUGUAUAAUUUUAUUAACCAAUAUCACCCCAAAAUCAAUCUAAAAAUGUCACCAUCGUAAUGAAAGCUGAUACUAUAAGCAGAAAGGGUGGGCUGGAUGAACACCAUGACACCCAAAAUGGACCAUAUUGGGAACAAGAACCCCUCUCAACCAGAAGGCGGAGUCAGAAUUCGGUGCGACAGAGUCCAGAAACACCCCACCCUUGGAAACACAUAAAAUCCCAAGAACUGACUGACACAGUGUGCAAUUCACUCAUGAAUUGGCUUACAUCCACUCCGGGGGUAAUGAGACCAUAGCUCAACCCCUGACCUGUCUCCAGGAACUCGAGUUCUAGACUCAUUCUCUACCUAAAUAAAACUUGCUUUUCUCAUUCA